AUGAUAUCGUCGAUAAUUUCCCGAUUGGUGAUAUUGGUAUUCGGAACUCUCUACCCGGCUUACGCUUCAUAUAAAGCUGUACGGACGAAGAAUUUGAAAGAAUAC